AUGUCUUGUAUUAAAAGGAAAUUAAUAACUACGGGAAAUUUUGACGCUUACGGAGACGUUUUCCAGAACUGGUUAGCACUCGGGAUAAUUGAAAAAGUACCGGAUGAGAAUAAAUAUAAGGGUGUACAUUAUUUACCUCAUAGAGCAGUUGUUAAAGAAAAUAGUAGCACGAGUAUAAGACCGGUGUUUAAUGCAAGUUCUCAUUCGCCUGGUUACCCAUCAUUGAACGAUUGUUUAUCUACUGGACCAAAUUUAAUAGAAAUUAUACCUUCGAUUCUUAAUCGGUUUCGCAAGAAUUACGUUGGUGUCACUUCAGAUAUAGAAAAAGCGUUCUUGCAAAUAUCUAUAAGGGAAAAAGAUCGAGACUUUUUGAGAUUUAUGUGGUUCAGUAGGGAUAAUCAAGAACAAGUUGAACUGUAUCGGACAUGGAAGGGUAGUUUUUGGUAUUACGUGUAG